AUGUCAUGUCAUCCUAUAUUUACCUACUAUAUUAUUCUAUGUGUCUGUAACCCCCCACUGUAAUGGUGCUUAUUUUCUGGAGGUUUACGUGCCAAAACCACGAUAUGAUUAUGAGUCACGCCGUAGUGUGGGACUCCGGAUUAAUUUUGCCCACCUGGGGUCCCUAACCGUGCACCUAUAAGUACAGCUAGGGUGUCCCAACUACAUGCACCAAGAUUUAGAAAUAUGCAAAUGCCACGUAGCAGGACAGAAUUAAAGUAAUGUUGUUUGCCGUCGCUUGGGGAUUCUCAAAUUAUCUUUUUAAUUUUGCCUAAUAAGAUAAUUAACCUUAACUAAUUAAUCAACUUCUCGAUUCUUAUAAUUAGAUUAAAGGUGUCAAUGAGAAAAUUGUGGAGCAACAUCAUGAACUUCCGAUACAGUUUUCUUUUGCUCAAUACGUGCUACAUAAAAUUGUUUUUCCGAGCGUGAAAGCAGCCCGCGAAUACAUGCAAAAUUGCCGCGCGACUGGCCGCUCUAGGCACUUUGCGUGUAUUCGCGGGAUGAACAAAAAGAAAAAAAAAAGAAAAGGAAAAGUUUGACCACAGACACACUGUAAAUGCUUUGAAGCAAGGUUUCGUGAAACACAAAAACUCGCACAGCACAUCAUGCCCUCUUUGGGAUCUCUGAAGAAAGACACGUUCCAAGAGUAUAUUUUCAACGAGAGCGCAGGUUAUCCCCAUUGUUCUCAACUCGACGCACAGUCUGCUAGUCCUAAAGCGGUUGAUCGCACGCGAUCUCCUCGGCCGACUCUGCUGUGCCGUUCACGGCUGCAACACUGUGCUCCACUUGCAGCCGGAGGCGUGGCCGGCAUGCUGCAGCCAUGGUGCAAACGGCGGCCUGGCGCCUGGAGCCCGUGCGCCAGCCGCCGGUCUCCUCCGCGGGCCGCGCACGCCGUCCUGGUGGCGGCGGCCGCCUGCUCGGCGUACGCCUCGUCGCUGGGUGUCGGACUCGUGUUCGACGACCUCGCGGCGGUCAAGGCCAAUCGGGACCUCAGACAGAGCACGCCCAUCGCCAACCUCUUCUUCAACGACUUCUGGGGGACGCCGCUUCGGAAGGAACAAAGUCACAAAUCCUACCGUCCACUGACAGUGCUGACGUUCCGACUCAACUUCGCUGUCCAUGGCCUCGAUCCGUUCGGCUACCACUUGGUGAACCUUCUCUUGCACGCCCUGGUGUGCCUCCUCUAUCACAGGAUGUGCCUGAUGCUCCUGCCGGGGUGGACGUCUCUGCUGGCGGCGCUGCUGUUCUCCGCCCACCCUAUCCACACUGAAGCUGUGACCAGUAUAGUGGGAAGGGCGGAGCUGCUUUCUGCAGUAUUCUUCUUGGGUGCCUUACUUUUCUACAUUCGACACGGAGCUAGUACUGCGGUCUGCAAAGAACAGACGAAUGGUCACUGGAGGCGUUGCCUAACUACGUUCGCUUUGGCAACGGCGGCGAUGCUUUGCAAGGAGCAAGGCAUCACAGUUCUUGCAGUCUGCUGCAUCUACGAGCUUGCUUCAUGUGCUAACCCCUGGAGCUCGUCGUGGACAACUACGUGGGGGGCACGGAAAGAUAGCCUCUACCGAGUAUUCACGUUGGCGUCGUUGGCGACUGCAGCAGUUCUGGCGCGCAUUCACUUAAACGGGCCCCACCUGCCUGCCUUCAACCGCUUCGACAACCCGGCAUCAGUGGCCCCGUCGCCGUCGCGCCAGCUGACCUACAACUAUCUGACAGCGUUGAACGCCUGGCUCCUAGUCUUCCCUAGUGAUCUCUGCUGUGAUUGGACAAUGGGAACAGUGCCGCUAGUGACGUCGCUGGCGGACGUGCGGAACCUCGGAACGAUCGCCCUUUACCUUUUCUUAGCGAUGGCUGCCAGGGCAGCGCUCCGAGCGGAUGAGCACCACCGAAAGCCAUUGCUUAUGGGACUGUCCUUGGCUUGCAUACCGUAUCUACCUGCGUCCAAUCUCCUGCAUCCUGUGGGCUUCGUUAUCGCCGAGCGGGUGCUCUACCUGCCAAGCCUAGGUUUUUGUCUCCUGGUGGCACAGGGUUUCAGCCUCCUCUGGCAGCAGCACAGGUUUCACGGAGCUUGGCUUAAACUGGGCGUCACCAUAUUGCUCCUUACCCACUUCACGAAAACGUUUCUUCGUAACUACGACUGGUCGUCCGAACAAGCCUUGUACCAGUCUGCGCUUCGUGUGAAUCCAAGGAACGCAAAAAUGUUGAACAAUCUCGGACAAGUCUUGGAAGCGUCCGGAGCAUUCGAAGAAGCGCACGCUCACUUCACUCGGGCUAUCAGGGCUGAGCCUGACGACAUCCGUGGCCAUCUUAAUUUGGGCAGGCUUUUGACAACUAUGCGCCACUACGAAAAAGCUGAAGCCGCUUUCGUGAAGGCAUUGAGCCUCCUGCCAAAGCCCGAGUCCAGCCAAUCCCCUAGCCUUGUGCGGGUCACUUCGAGCCACCUUCAAGUGUACCUCGACUUCGCGUUCUUGAUAGCGCAAAACAGCAGUCGGGUGGAUGAAGCCGACAGGCUGUACCAGGAGGCAAUCAGCCUCCGCUCAGACUUCACUGAUGCCUACUUAAACAGAGGAGAUUUCUUGCUUCGCAUGAACAGGACAAAGGAAGCAGAGGCUAUGUACGAGAGGGCUUUAGAAUUAGAUGAGAACAAUCCAGACUUGUACUACAACCUGGGUGUCAUCCUCAUGGACCAAGGCCGCAAUGAUGAAGCUAUGACUCUGUUUAACCGCGCGCUGGAGCUUGAUCCUGACCACGAGCAUGCCCUUCUCAACUCUGCCUUGUUGCUUCAGGAAGCAGGAUCUGCAAGUCAGAAGAAAGUGGCCAAUGAAAGGUUGGAGAAAGUCGUCCACAGUGGAAAGAGAGACGAACGGGCCUACUUUCAUCUGGCCAUGCUGGCGCUUGACAAAAAAGAUCCAGUCGCCGCUGAGAACUGGCUGCGCAAGGCUGUACUGGUGCAGCCCAAGCUGCGAAGCGCUCUCUUCAACUUGGCGUUGCUCUUGUCGGAGCAGCAACGACCUAUGGAAGCCAUGAGGUUCCUGAAAGAUCUCCUAAAGUACCACCCGAACCACAUCAAGGGCUUAGUACUGCUCGGAGACAUCAACGUCAAUCACCUCAAGGAUUUGGAGGCAGCCGAAGAGUGCUACCGCAGGAUCCUGGCCCUGGACCCGGGCAACGUACAAGGCUCGCACAACCUGUGCGUCGUGUACGUGGAGCGCGGGGAGCUAAGCCGAGCCGAGCGCUGCUUCAAGCACGCCACCACGCUGGACCCGAACGCCACGUACAUCCGCAAGCACCUGCAGGUCACGCAGACGCUGCUCCGGAACCGCUCGGUGGACGCGGAGCGCCGCUCAGGCGCUGCCCUCGCUGCGUCGGCGCCGCAACCGCCCGUCCUGCAGCCGUUCGCUGCCGCCGCCGCCGCUGCGUCGGCUUCCAACGCGCAGUGACUGUGGCCGGCCAGCAGCGGCAACCUUUCUGGCAAGAGCCGUGCGCCGUAGAAUGCGCUCCGAGACUGUGCACACGGUUCCACGGGAGAGCGCGACCAACGUUUGAGACUGUUGGCCAGCCAACGCGGUUGAAGGGUCCACCGCCACGCACCGUCGUCGGUGAUCGCCCAGUGGCGACAGCUGCGAGUGCCCUCGAAUUGUCUCUGACGGUGUUUUGCAAGGGGCAUCUGCGAGCAUUCCUGGUGACUUGUGCGCGCCGUUGGCUUUGCGCGAGGACCUCCCGCGACACUAUGACGCUUGUGCGACGACCUCCAGAUACAGAAGGCGAAGUGGAGGGAGGAAAGUCAUUUUUUAGUGGUUGUACAAAAGCCACUCUAGCUGCAUUUUCUUUUUUCGUUUUGCUCCGAGAAUGUAAUUGUGCAUCUUGCUGCACGGUGAUACUUACAGUGGCACAUUCCUCAGGUUACAGGUCGUACAGUUAAACGAGUGGCGUAUUCGUUGCUUGUCAGUAGGAGCGAGUGGCUCACCAUGCCUGUUGAAAGUAUGUGUUGUAAAGGCUGAACUGUGAAAUGAUGUGUCAAAGGUAGGCUGUUUUCUGACUUCGGUUGAGGGAGAGAGUACAUGAACACUGUCAGCCUUCGUUAUAGAAUCGAAUAUUUUCGUCCAGACAAUAUGUAAAAAGCAAGUUCCUAAAUCUUAUGGUAAACCGGCUGCACGAUUAGCUCGUUUUAAAGAGUAAGAAGAACCUUUCUUUUUUUUUUUUAGUCAAGAUAUUGAUAUGUUAUAUAACCCCCUGACAUAAAAAUAUUUUUUGUAAUUGAGAUAAGGGGCGCUAUAACGUAAAAUGAUUCCAAACUCCUGACGUCAAAUUUACGUAACCACCGACGCAAGCAUCAGGCGGUGACCCGCAGCGUUCUCUGAACAACCCAAUCAAACACUCUCCUCGUUUAGAGGAGGUCACCUUUGUUCGCUUUCGAAACCAAUAACAUUGUCUACGCUCAGAGCUCGGUAUUCAGCGGUUUUUCUUAUCUAAUUGGCUGACGAGAGGCGAGGAGCAUGCUCUAGUGGAGAGGGUUUUGAUGGGGCCGAGCCAGCACAGUGAAAAUAGAUAACCGCAUGAAGAGGGUGGUGCCGGCUUCUCCGAUUGGUCCGCUUCGCCUUGCUUAGGUUGCGGUGGCUUGUCGAAAAUCGCGGCGGCGUGCAACGGAAGAAUAAGAAUGCCGCUAAAACGGAUCCUCAGCAAGGAAGAGUUGACAGCGUGAUGUCGUAUGAUGCCGAAAUGGCUCGAUAACGUUUUACUGCCACGCAAAAAGGUUUAUCAUGCGCAAAUAAAUACAUGCUCACCGGCUGGUGCGAGUAGCGAGGGCCUGAGCGAUCGGCGGGCAGCCAUCUUUUAUUCCUUUCGGAACGCGGCAGUCUGUGGCUAUUCAGAAAAUUUUCAGUUUUGUUCGGCAUAUUAAUGCAUUUUUUUCGCGUACACGUCACUUUGACGUGGUGAGUUUUCGCGGUUUUGUGACGUCGCGUGACAGUCAGGCGAAGUGGGCGUAGCCAGAAAACAUUGGACCAAUAGCAGAGGGCUAAUGUUGAAGAGGCGUCGAAUCAGAAAUUAUUAUUUUUCUUUUGCGCGGUUUAAUCAUGCAUAAUCAGUGUGUACGCGUUAUAUCAGAUGGGGAGCUAUCGCGGUUUUCGUGACGUCGCGUGACAGACAGGCGAAGUUGGGAGUGGCCCGAAAAUGUUUUGACCAAUCGUGGAGGCUGAUUGCAGAAAUUGGAAUCAAAACAGUUUGGAAUCAUUUUACGUUAUAGCGCCCAAGGUCUCUUUUUGUUGCGUUAACUUGCAUGCAGUAAUACGAAAGAGAAGUGUCACACCAGCUUCGUGUAGUAAAUGUGAGGCAUCGGCAAUUUAUGAGCCAUGAAUAGCUUAUUUAUGGCUCACUGAAAAAUAUUGACAUUGCUUGCAAAAUCGCCAAGAAAGCACUGAUCUUUUGCAUUGUUUUACGCGUGGACGUGUUGAAAGACGGUGAUAUCGUCACAUUGGUCUUACAGAACUAUAUUGUCAAAUUCAUCAUUGUACAGCGUAAUAUCCUGCGUUAACGUAAAAUAAUUUCGUAGGUUAUCCUCAGCGCGAGUGCUAAUGAUGCGCAUAAUUCGAUCUUCUGACUUCAUUCACGGACACAGCAAGAAAACCUGCUCGUUUCUUGAAAUGAAUUUGCUUUUAAUUUUAAAGGGAACAAUAAUAAUCCUCAUCCACACAGUCUAUAUGGCCGCAAUUUAAGCCUCAGCGCUGCAUGCUUAAAUAACUAAAAUAUCCUCAUUAUUCAUACCAAGUGCCAAAUUAGAUGUAUGUCAAGAAAGAAUGAAUAAUCUUUUUUUUUUUUGCACACUGGUGCUUCGAUGCUUAUUCAUAGAACUAAGUAAUGUUAAAUGCCUCCUGCAAUUUCACUAUAAACGUCAAUGAUGGUAUUCUGUGGUAGUAGCGCUACUGUUCAAAGCCGAACUGAAGCGUAUCUUCAUCAUUACCGUCCUAAGUUCUUAAUGGCUUAAUGAUAACAAAGGCUCCUGUUUGUCUCCUGUUAUUGUUUCCCAUUCAAUCAAGCAUCACAGAUUUUUAUUUGAUAUUCGCGUUUUUUUUUUUAUAGCUACUAAUCCUGAGACCCUGCAAGGCGCGCGUCAGCGCGCCUUGCAGGAUCUCAAUAAAGUUUUUUAACCAACCAACCAACUGUUUGUUUCAUUGUCGCUAGUCGCGGUAGUUCUUUUUUUAUCUACUCGUUACCGCCGUCACUAGAUGGAUGAUUUUGAUAAGCACGCUGCAUAAGCAAAAGAGUCAUUAACUCAUUUUCGUAUGUUGACUUUUAAUAGCGCAGUAGCUGACUGCGGAAUCGAACAAAAUAGUCGAAAUGCGGGCUGUAAAUAGAUGGUGUUCAAGAAAAAGAACGUGAUCAAGAAAUUGCGGUGAAUGAAUGUCACAGCGUGUAUAUUUGCACCUUGUAUUGCUGACCAGUACUUGUGUUCGCAGCCGCUAACGAGACAAGUGAUCUAUAUUUCGGCAACUAAAAGUCAAACAUUAAGAAAAAGCACGUAUUAAAAUAUAUACAUAUAUAUAUAUAUAUAUAAAUAUACAAAUAUAUUACGCUGUGCAUAUGCCGUUUGGAUACUACGAUGUGAGCGCCUGUACAUAACGCACACUGUAGCUUGUACAUACUAUAGGGUGAGUAUCGGACGGGCGUAUAUAUGAGAUGUGAAGUCGUUCUAUUUUGGAGUAUUGCGCAAACCACGACUCAACAUCAAACAGGUCUGUCUCUUGUCUGUGUGCGGCGCAUGUGUUAUGACUGGUGCUUCUCAAUGUACACUACAACAAGAAAGAAAAAAAGAACUAUCGUUAGACUGAUGAUGCGUAUGGAGGCUGUUUAGCGGACGCAGGCAUGCGAUGGAUUGUACAUAGAUAUACUGAGAAAGACACAAAGAAUUUUUCUAUUAACUCAAGUGUGAGCCAGAAAACUGUUUUAGGGACCACGGUGGCACUUAGAUAGAGCAAAACGUCGGCUCGGUAAGUCUCUGAUCUGCGCGCUCCGGGAUAAAUUCAUUGCUUCUGCAUUCCUUUCUUCACCCCCCCCCCCUUUUUUUUUUUUUUCCAGCAGCAGCCGCUUCCCUGGUUUGUGUUGCGUUGCGUGGACCGUCCGCUGUCGGCACUCGGUACCUUAAAUAUUGUCUAUGCCUGUAUGCUUGAGGUUUACGAAUGAUACUCGCCGCGUCAACUCGCCAAUGUGUGCACAAUAUUGCCGCUUUUUUGCACCCCCUCAUCCUAUUGCUUCAUGCUGUUUUGUGGUGCACGUAAUUGCCUUAUCGCCACCCCGACCCGCAACGUUGUCCCUUCCCGAGUUUGGAAAGGUUGUGUUUAUAUUGUUCUCGUGUGUUGAACGCUUGGGCGAGCGCUGUCGCCGCUUUGCGUCUGUAUUCUUGUUUCAAUUCAUGGCUGUCGGAUGCGUAAGGAAAGACUUGCGGUGUUGUUGUCGCUUGUGUUUUGGCGAAAUAAUACAAUAUACUUCGUAAUAAAGGCACACAUAAUGCUUUCACUCGACUGUUCCUUUUUCCUGUCUCCUCUCAAUUAAUAAACGAAACUCCGGUUUA